AUGGCAGAAGUUGUUACUUUCGGUGUCCAGGAAAUAGUGAAGAAAGUGGCUUCACUUGCCUCUGAAGAAAUCAGUCUUGUAUGGGGAUUUCAAGGAGAGUUGACAAAGCUGCGUGAAUCAUUGUUGCUGACUGAAGCCAUGUUAAGAGAUGCCGGGCAAUCAAAAGAAGUUCGGCCGGAAGCCGUGCAAAUUUGGGUGAACAAGCUUGAAGACAUAGCUCAUGAGGCCGAUGAUGUGCUGGAUGAAUGCGGAUAUGAACUUCUCCGCCGUCAGGUGGAAGUGCGAAACCAAAUGAAGAAAAAAGUGCUCAACUUCCUUUCACUCCACUACAAUCCCAUUUUAUUUCGUCUCAAAAUGGCACAUAAGAUUGAGAACAUCAACUCUGCUUUGGAGAAUUUGAAUAAGAAGGCAGCUAGCAUUGGGCUUGUCAAUAAGAAAUUCUCAGAUGCAACCUCCUCUCGUGAGAUUGCAGUUGACAGGGAAACUGUCUCCAUCUUUAAACGAGAUGAAAAGAACAUUGUUGGAAGGGAGAAGAUUGUGUCAGAGAUAGUUACAACCUUGAUCAACUCAAGCAAUACUCAAGAGAAUGAAAAUCUACCCGUGAUGGCCAUUGUGGGAAUGGCCGGCUUGGGAAAAACAACUUUGGCCAAAUGUGUAUAUCAUGAAGAUGAGAUAGGGCAGACGCUUCACUGA